AUGAAGAUAACACCACUCUAUCCCAUCCAUGAACAGCUCGGUGCGGCAUUCGCAAAAAAGCAUUUAGAUUGGAAUAUUGCGACCGAAUUCACAGAUGCUAUUUCCGAACAUCAUACUGUGAGAAACAACGUUGGUAUCGCUGACGUGUCCUAUCGAGGUCGGUAUCGGUUAAUCGGCGAGGAUCGGGCGAAAUUUCUACAUCGUAUCAUCUCCAAUGAUGUUGAAAGUCUCUCAACUGGCGAAGGCACCUACGCCACGCUCCUAACGCAUCGUGGCAAAAUUAUAGCCGAUUUGAGUAUCUCUGUUCUUGAAGACGCAAUCAGUAUUGACACCGCGCCUGAGACCACAGAAAGCCUUUUCAGCGAAUUGGAUAAGUACAUCAUCGCUGACGAUGUUGAGCUUUCUGAUGUAACCGCUGAGACUGGGGCGAUUGCUGUUCACGGUCCAAAGUCGACGGAUCUUGUUCAAUCUGUGCUCGGUAUAAACGAACUUGCUGCGCUACCAGAGCGGUAUAACUGCUUUCGUGAAGCAGAUGCGCUUUAUGACCACACAACCGUCUGUGUGAGAACAGAUAGCACUGGCGAGAGGGGUUGGACGCUUUAUACCGCUGCCGAAGCAUUAGGGUCGCUUUGGGAGGCAUUGAUGAUUGAAGGUGCCCGCUUUAAUGUUCAACCGAUCGGUUGGAAUGCCCUUGAGUCGCUCCGAAUUGAGGCAGGUGUGCCGAGAUAUGGAACAGAAUUGACCGAUUCUGUUAUCCCACUUGAGGCUGAAUUAGAACACGCUAUCGAUUUUGAGAAGGGAUGUUAUAUUGGACAAGAAAUUGUCGCGCGCAUGAAGUAUCGAGGUCACCCGAAUCGUCUCUUACGUGGUAUUGAAGUUGAUCCUGAUUCAACAUCACAGGAACGCUGUGGAUGUGGCCUUGCCAAACUGGCAAGCAUUCAAGGGGAAGGCGACCUCGCUGUGGUAGAAGCCACCCUUGAGGGGAACAUCGGUACGCUUGAGCGUAUGGCUAAGAUUGGGAAUACGAACCUCAUUAUUAAGACGGCUCGCGCGUAUUCAUCUUAUGCCGGCUUUAUUGAGGAUAAGAUGGAAGAGGCUGAAAUAGCAGGCGACUCUGAGACUGCGGAGGAGAUGCACGCACGAGCAAUUGACCUCUAUAUCCGUUCUGAGGGAUACGCGCUCAAGGCUUUGGCGAAGUCCGAUAAAACCUUCAAUGAGGCAAGAACCGUUGAUAUCGAUGGCUUUGAAAAAGCACUUCAGCGUUUGAAGAAAAAGGAUGUUGAACCGCUAUUUUGGGCGGCUUAUUCGAUUGCACGCGGCAUUAGCCUCCAGAAAGAUGAUCCGAUGCAGGUAAUUGACCUCGCUCGGGUGGAACUGAUGAUGCAACGUGUGCUUGAAUUGGACGAAACUUUCUACUUCGGUGGUGCCCAUCUGUUUUAUACUGUCUAUUACGGCGACCGCGCGCCAGCAAUCGGUGGAGACCCGGAGAAGGCAAAGGAACACAUUGCGCAUGUAGAUCGAAUCAAUGACGGCAAGUUUUUGAUGAGUAAACUCUACCUCGCACGUUACUAUGCCUAUCCUAAACAGGAUGUGAAACUUUACAAAACGGCGUUACAAGAAAUUCUUGAUGCACCCUCGGACAUUUAUCCUGGAGAGGAAGCUGCGACUUCGUUGGCAAAAUCACGCGCCAAACGCUGGCUCGAUCAGGUUGAUGUUCUUUUUGAUCCAGAAAUGGAGGAAGGAGACACAGACGAAUGA